GGGAGAUGCGUGCGCUCCAUUCAUUGCGCCCGUCCGAAAGAAGAAGCGACUGCGCGCGUGCGGCUCCGCGAUUCUGCACGGUUCCCCGCCGAGCGCCGUUCACGCGUUUGGCCGUUUACAGGAACACUUUGCGGACACACACACACACACGCAACACAAGCAUCUGGGCUAUUAAACAUGGGGAAACACAAUAGCAAGCUUGCUCCUGAGGUUCUGGAUGACCUGACCAAGAGUACAGAGUUCAAUGAGGCAGAGCUGAAGCAAUGGUAUAAAGGCUUCUUGAAGGACUGUCCCACUGGCAUCCUUAACCUGGAAGAGUUUCAGCAACUUUAUGUCAAGUUUUUCCCCUAUGGUGAUGCCUCCAAAUUUGCUCAGCAUGCUUUUCGCACCUUUGACAAAAAUGGGGAUGGCACAAUUGACUUCAGGGAGUUCAUCUGUGCCCUGUCCAUCACCUCUCGAGGAAGCUUUGAGCAGAAACUCAACUGGGCCUUCAACAUGUAUGACUUGGAUGGAGAUGGCAAGAUUACACGCAUGGAGAUGCUUGAAAUUAUAGAGGCGAUUUAUAAAAUGGUUGGCACGGUAAUCAUGAUGCGCAUGAACGAAGAUGGCUUGACACCUCAGCAGCGUGUGGACAAGAUCUUCAGCAAGAUGGACAAAGAUCAUAAUGAUGAGAUCACACUGGAGGAGUUCAAAGAGGCGGCCAAAAGCGAUCCUUCCAUUGUCCUCUUACUGCAAUGUGACAUGCAGAAGUAAGGGAAAAGAGUAGAGAGAGGAUGAGAGAGGGUGGGAGGGUGUAGGUACAGAGCAGGAGCUAUGAAGCAACAUGUACAGACAUUUAGACAGAGGUAGGUUAGUAAGAGUAGAACUAUACCACUAUGUACAUAUAGGAGGUUGCAGUUGAAUGUGAGAGUUUGCAGGUUUGGGGACAGUUUAUAGAAAAGUGGAAAGUGAUGAAAACCUGCAUCUUUAGUCAUGCAGUGAACUGCACUGCUUUUAGACAAUUGUUGCUUUCAGGCCCAAGUCUGACAAGAUACCAUAGAACCUACAUUAUUUAAAAAAGUCCAUUUAAAUAUGUGAUAUUCCUGAUCCUUAGAAUUUUGAUAUAAAGUAGAAACCAAGCAAAUUUAGUGAAUAUUUCUGCAAAACUUAGGCAGCUCUCUAUUCUUAAGGUAUUUGUCUCCUUCGAAUUUUGUCUAAGACUAAACAUUAAAAACAGCCAAUAUAAUUUUUUUCUAACCAGUGCACACUCUAAACAGUGCAAUUUCCUUAAUCCUUCCACAGAUAAAGGACCAUAUUCACAGUUGACUUACAUGCACUCACAUAGUGAGAAUAAUACAAAAAAUGUGCACAUCAGCAUUCAAAACUCAAAUAUAACAACAGACUUGCUCACAACUCAGACAUGGGAGGCGUGUGGCCAAAAACAAAUGCACGUCUGAAGUACGUGCAAUUCUGACCUUAAAACUAAGCCAAUUUUCUCAUGCAAUGUCAGCAUGAACGAGGAGCAGUAUUGAGUCCAGCAUCACUGGCUGACAAUUUGUUGUAACCACAAAAUAUCAGUGAUAGGCCUGGCUAUUAUUAUUAUUAUUAUUAUUAUUAAAGCAAGCAGUUGUGUUUAAAGGCCAUGGUUCUUGCAUUAUUGAAAACCCCAGCACUUCUGCUCAUAAAUCACAGGUAAAUUUAAUAAUCUAAAUGUUUUAUCCAGAAAAUCGAAGAGCAUCUGACUCGGAAUACAGAACAUUAUCCUCGUGUAAAUAUCAACAUGUUUGUAACUUUAGCUUUCAACUGUGAAUAUGGCCCAAAGGAUAUACUGUAAAGCCUUGUGCAUUAUGAUGGAUACUAGACACACCACCAAUAACCUCUAAUUAUCCCUUAUCUGAGACUGAUUCAUCAGCUGUGAUGACAAAAUACAGCUCAAAACAUAACCACCUUAAAUGUCAUGGUUUAAAAUGGUGAAUAAAUAUUGUCUCACACUUCGGGGUCACUCUCACAUAUGAAAAAGGAAUUUUGCUAACCUUAACGAUUAGAAUAUAUGUAUAUGUAAUUAGUGAAAUGUAAAUGUUUCAUGAGACCUACUUUCAUAUUUCAACACUGCUGCAAAAUACACUCUUUAUAGGAUAUCAGUCUGUAUCAAUGUGUGAAAGUGUGAAAAGUGGAAAUCUGAGGAUUUGCAUUUGUAUGUGUUAACGUAUGUAUACAUAUUUCUGUAGUAGUCUGUAUGUAUGCAUGUGUGUGUGUGUGUGUGUGUGUGUGUGUGUGUGUGUGUGUGUGUGUGUGUGUGUGUGUGUGUGUGUGUGUGUGUGUGUGUGUGUGUGUCUGUGUGUGUGUCUGUGUGUGUGUGCGUGCAUGCGUGUGUGUGUGUAGGUGGGUGCUUUAGGGAAACAAUUGCCUCUGUCACUGACUGUCUGAUAAAGUAGCUGUCCACACCAGUUUUAAGAGUAUUAACGUGAUGUUUGUUGUUGCUGGUGUGGUCGUCCCUGGUCUUACUGGUUUUCCAAUCAGAGCUACCUUUCUCUGCUGUCUUGAUGACAUAUAAUCAUUUAUGUGUGCCUCAGUGUACAGCCUUAUCAGAUAUCAAAUAAUCGUAAUUGUAUUAACAUUGUCCAAAUGUCUUGCUUUUUUCCCUCUGGUAUGGUCAACGUGAACGCAUUCGGAAGGCAAAAGUCUGUGUUUCCGCAAUAUUCACGCUGCAAUACUUAGGAGAAUAUUGUUGCACUAAGUAGAGGCAAAUACUUCUUGUUUUAUACUGCCACAUAGUGGUGAAAUAUUUACCAUCGUUCAAUAGGGCAUACUGUAGAGUGGGGACUAAAGUGAUGAGUUUUUUUUUCUUCCUCUUACAUA